GGGGCAGUAGGGCUCUUGUUCCUGGCAUUCUCAGGCAUGGCCUUCCAAGCCUGUCAGAGCUAGAGCUAGCCAGGUGUUGUGGAACUACAAGUCUCAGCAGUCUCUGCCAGUAGAGGCAUGUUGGAGCUCCUAAUUCAAGUUGCAAGUGAUGUCGAGCCGCAGGAUCGAGUGCAUAUUCUUCAGUGAGUUCCAUCCAACCCUGGGCCCCAAGAUAAGCUAUCAGGUACCGGAGGAGUAUAUCUCGCGGGAGCUGUUUGACACGGUGCAGGUGUAUAUUAUUACCAAACCGGAGCUCCAGAACAAGCUGAUCACUGUCACCGCCAUGGACAAGAAGCUGAUCGGGUGCCCCGUAUGCAUUGAGCACAAGAAGUACAGCCGGAACGCAUUGCUCUUCAACUUGGGGUUUGUCUGCAGUGCCUGGGUGAAGACCUGUGCUCUGGAGCCCAUUGUGAAGAAGCUUGCCGGGUAUCUGAAGACACUGGAGCUGGAAUCCGGCUUCAUCUCCAAUGAGGACAGUAAGCAGAGACUGGUGCCUAUAAUGAGUAUCUUGCUGGAGGGACUGAACUCCACCGGGGAAUGUUCCCUCCCGAUAGAUGAGAGCAACACCGUGCACCUAAAGGUGAUUGAGCUGCGCGUGGCGCCCCCUACAGCUCAGGAAUAUGACGUCCCAGUGUUCACGGAAGACAAGGAAGAGUUCGGCAAUGCACAGUGGGAUCUAACAACGCAGCAGAUCCUUCCAUACAUCGAUGGCUUUCGCCACAUCCAAAAGAUUUCCGCUGAAGCCGACGUGGAGCUGAACCUUGUGCGGAUAGCGAUACAGAACCUCAUGUACUAUGGUGUGGUGACGCUGGUCUCUAUAUUCCAGUACUCCAACGUAUACUGUACAACCCCGCGCGUACAGGAGCUGAUCCACGACAAAGCGCUGCAGGAGGAGUGCGUGUCCUAUAUCUGCAAGCCAGGUCUCAAGCGCCCCAGCCUACGUGACGUCUUCCAGUUGUACUGCGGCCUCAGUCCCGGUACCACCGUGCGCGAUCUCAUUGCCCGACACGCGCAGCAGCUGCAGAAGGUGGACGAAAGGAAACUCAUCCAGUUCGGGCUGAUAAAGAAUCUGAUUAGACGGCUACAGAAAUACCCUGUGAAGGUUUCCCGGGACGAGCGCAGUCCUCCCGCCCGUCUCUAUACCGGAAGCCACAGCUACGAUGAGAUCUGCUGCAAGACAGGGAUGAGUUAUCGUGAGCUGGACGAACGACUUGACAGUGACUCCAAUAUUAUUGUCUACAUGAAGUAACCGGACACAUGCUGCCCACACACCGGGGGUGGAGACGCCCUCUAAUCCAGGACUGUGUGUACAGAUCGCUGCAACCUCUGUAGGGUGUUGUCAUUGUCACCUUAUAAUGUCCAGUUCCUGUAGGGAGAGAGACGGGACUACGGACCGAUAACAUUGAUCUCAAUAUAAAGUAUUAUAGACGGAUGAAGACUUAACUUUGGUUCUAUUUAAAUCCUUAUCCGGUGAUCUCAUAUAUCCAGUAUUACUGGUCAUCCUCGCGCUGUUGAGUCUUGGGUGUACAUGGCGGAACGACUUCGUUACAUGCAUAGGAAUUCCCCAUUGUGCCCGUCAGUAUCUCCGAUAUUACCGGCUGUUGUUGGACGGCGAUCGAAUAGAGCUCGCAGCAGCUCAAAGUUCCAUGAAAAACUUUUACCGUAAAAAAAACCUUCUAUCGUAUUGGAGUU